GAUUAAACUUCCCAUAUCCCUAGCCAACGUUUUUCCAUAUCUGCUUGACUGUUGGUAUUUUGGGACAUUAAUAUUGCUUUUUUGAUUGCUUCCUCAUUACUUCAUCACUGUUUUCUCAUAUAUUCUCACUCACUUCCUCGUACAACUCCCCUCAUACACUACAAUCCCAUCCCAUCCAAUCCAUCGGCUCUUCAACCUUCACCCUUUAACCUCUCCAUCAAAACCACCAAGAAAUCACAAACCCACAAAAUCACAAACUCCCCAAAAGAAAGAAGCAAAACCACGAAGAAAGCAAGAAGAAAACCCAGCGAAAUGCCUUCGAAAAUUCAAGUCGAUGAAAAUCUCGUCUUCUUGUAUAUUUGUCUCCAGAAAUCGGAUAUGAAAACUGUGAGUAGAGGAGUUCAUUCGUCAGGUUUAUUUUGGCUUGAGUUGUUUUUGGUUUCUUGUUCUCCGUUUUCGUUUUCGUUUUCGCUUUUCUUUUUUUGCUCCCUGAGGUCAUUCAUUUAUGUCUUUACAUCACAUCUCUAUCCUCAAGCCCUUCCCCCUCCUUCCCCACCUCUCAAAACCCCAACAACUCCACAGCCUGAACCCCCUUCUUUACCCGUCCCCUCCCAGCCCGUUCAUCCUCUCCAUCCUCUCCUCCUCCCUCCCCUUCCCCGUAAACUCCCAACAUCCAACGAAACCACCUCUCAUCUCCUCUAACAACCACACACACAGAUAGAUUUCUCCUCCGUAGGCCAAACAACAAAUCUCAAACCCCCCGCUGCACGUAUGCGUUACACGAGACUUAAACGACAAAUCGAAAAAGGAGUUAUUGGAUCGAAUGGUGGGGUUAAUUUUGGUGCUGCUGGUGGAUGGGGAGAUGGAGGUGGACAAGGAAUUGGAGAGGGAGGGGGAAGUAGGGAGAUACAGGGAAAUAGAGAUGGGAGUGAGAAGAGUGAGGAUGCGAGGGAUGUGAAUAGUAGAAAGAAGAGAGCGAAAAAUCCGCUGAAGGAGAUGAAGAAGGAAAAGGAUAAGGGGAAAGUGGAAAAAAGGCGAAGAGUUGAAAGAGAGAGGGUGGAGAAGGAAGAGUGGAUUGAAAGAGUGGGAAUGGGAAUGGGAAUAAGAGCAGGAGCAGGGAUAAAAACAGAAGUGGAAAUCCCUCCAGCUUCUGGUGGAAAGAGAAAUAGUAUGAAAAGGAAAACGGAGGACUCGGGCUUGGACUUGGACUUGGAAGACUUCGACACGAACGCGAAUGGGAGUAUCUACAUACACGAGUCGAAAGGACAGAUACCGAAACCUCUAAAUAUCCCAUCUUCAGCCCCUCCACCAAUAUUCAUAUCCAUCCCAAACCAUCCCCCCUCUAUGCAAUUCUCCCCAGCAUCUUUCUCCACAUACCCGCAAAUCGAUCAUUAUGAUCACCAUUCUCCUCAUUUUCCAUCUCCUUACCCUUCCCGGCCUUUUCCUCCCCUCUCUUCUCCCAUAUACAACACUCACACAAUCCCCACCCCACAAACCACCACCAAUACCAACAGCACCACUCUCGAACCCAAUCCCAAUCCCAAUUACGACGUCAACAACCUCACUCGAGCUCAAACCCUCUCACCACCCAUAAAAGUAAAACUUGAACCCCAACCCCCUUACUCUCCAUAUUCCUCUUCCUCGUCUUUUUCAACCAAAUCAUCAUCAUCGCCACCAUCGCACAAUCCCCAAACCCACAUACAGAACCACACCCACAACCACAUCACAAACACCGACACCGACCCCAACUCCGACUCCGACUCCGAAGACGAAACCCCACUAGCAAAACGCAGAAAUGUGUUGAGGAUGCGGAAAAUAUCAUAUCUGCAUUAGCAUUA